GCUGCCGCAUUCACCUUUGGGAGAGGAUCUUGUAAAGUGCAGUUUUCAUAUGGAAGACUCAGAAGAUGCCUGUUCUAAUAAGGUUGGCUGUGUUCGAAAUAUAGUUCAAGAAAGAUAUUUAAUUGAAUCUAAAGAAUCAGCAUCUCAUGUUCAACUUGCUUGCAGUCAACAUUAUUGUGCUUUCCCUUUAAAUGGAAAUGAACUUUGCAUAUGGAAUACCAGUGACUCUUUCAAUCAGCCAUUACACUUGAUAGGCCAUCAUCAGUCAAUUACUGCUGUGACAUUUGGAAACAGAGUUAAUCCACUUCUUGUCUGUUCUGCAUCUUGUGACUAUGUUAUAGUUUGGAACCUGGUGGAAUGUGGAGAAAGAGUACUAGAAGGGUUAACUCCUCGAGGAGAUGUCAUAGGAACUCUUUUGGGAAUGGUGCUUUAUUUGAGAUUUAGUCCAGAUGACCGUAUUAUUGCAGUGUGUGCUGGAAAUAAGAUACUCGUGCUUAAUGCUAAGUUUGAAACUGUAUUAGCUGAGCUGAAAGGUCAUGUUGCCCUAGUCACUGCAGUUGAAUUUUGCACCUGGCAAACAAAUAUAAUAAUAUCAGUGUCUGAAGACAGAAGCUUUAAGGUCUGGGAUCACUGUACUGGAUUACUAUUAUACAAUUCAGCAGUACUAACAGCCUAUCCUCUUCUAAGUUUAUUCAUUGAUGAAGAAAAGGAACAAUUUAUUACUGGGAGUGCUGAUGGUCAGAUCUGGAUCUUCAGUCUGAUCAGUGCACAUCAUUAUCAUUGUGUGACCCAAUUUGACCUAAAGAAAAAACAAGAGAUUUUCCUCAGUAAAAGGGUCAAAUUAGCACAACAUACCCAAACAGAAGAGAGUCAACCUUCCUCCACAAAUGACCUGAAAAAAGAAGAAGGGGUAGAAACAACAUUUCCUAUAUUGAGAAUUGAAUGCUAUGCUCAGUCAGUUAAUGAAGAGUGUGAAUUGCCAAUCUCCCUCAUGGAGGAGAAAAGGUCCUUCCCUGCUGCCAACACCAGAUGCUUGUGGAUAGGAAGCUCUACUGGUUUAUUCAUAAUUAAUUUGGACAACUUGGAAUUAGAAUCUGCUUUACAUUUUAAAGAUUUCAGUAACCUCAGCAUUAAAGUUGCUGGAUCAUGUGCAAUAAUGAACAAGGCUGUUAAUCAUAAGGUAUUCUGUUUGCUGACCUCUAUGUUUGGAAAUCAAAUUGCUGUAUUGGAAAUCAAUCUUUUUGUACUCAUGCUAUCACAGCGUCAUGAUGUGAGAGAAACUCUUUCUGUUAUUGCCAGUUCCUGUCUCCUGGAAACCUCUCCACUGUAUGUUACAACUUUUAAGAAGAAAAAUACAAAUUCGGCUAGUCAAAAGAAGUCUGCUGUGAAGAGCACCAUAAAAGACCAACCACUGGUUUUCCACAAUAAAGUUAUAUCAUCCGGUUAUGCAUCUGCACCACAAGGAACUAUGUUUUCACCAAAGACCAACAUAAAGACAAAUGGUGAAAGAUCCUCAGAAUCGAAGAGUCAUUAUAAAUGUAAAGAUUAUCCCUUGGAGAAUCCACCGCCAACCAAGCUUAGCAGGCAACUACCUGUAGCCCAUACAUCAACUGCUGUUUGCUGCCUUCAGUAUUCAGGAGAUGGACUUCAUUUGGCUUGUGGUUUAGCUGACCAUUCAUUGCUAGUUUUCAAUUCCAGUCUUACUAGAGUACCAACUGUUUUUCAAGGUCAUGAUGGAGCAGUGACCUCAGUUGGCUGGAGUCAUGACAGGAAAUGGUUGGUUUCUGCUUCAGAAGACAGAACAUUAAGGAUCUGGUCAGUUAGGACUACACAGUCUACAGUAUUUCUGGGCAAGGACGUGUUAAGUAAACCUAUACGAGUCACACAGUUUUAUUAUAUGGAUGCUUUUAUAUUGCUAUCCUCUGGCUCUGAAUUUCACCUACUAAAAUAUCAUAUUGACACGCACAAAGAUGAGAUCAAAAGAUAUAAACAAAGGAACAAAGCCAAACUUGUCAAGAAGUUCUCCAUGACGUCGGCCAUAGAGAUUACCAGUCUCUCAGCCAUAAAUGAUUUCUAUUCCUAUAUUGUUCUCACAACUGGGAGUAACAGAGCAUUGGAAGUUUUUGAUCUCAACGUAGAUUGCAGUGCAGCAGUGAUCCCAGAUAUCCAUUCAAGAUCAGCCCAUCAGAUCUGCCAAAAUAAAGGAUCAGCAUUUGCUGCACAACCAUUUGAGAAUUACAACCUUUUUCUAACCACAGCUAUUGGUGAUGCAAUAAAACUGUGGGAUUUAAGAACAUUGAGGUGUGAACGCCGUUUUGAAGGACAUCUUAACCGUUGCCAUCCCUGUGCAAUUUCCAUAAGCCCUUGUGGGCGAUACGUAGCCUCUGGAUCAGAGGACAAAUAUGUUUAUAUAUAUGAGAUGGGCUCAAGCACCUUUUCCCACAAAUUGGCAGGACACACAGAAGCAGUGAUCAAUGUGGCUUUUAACCCAUCAAGACCCCAGCUUGCCACAGCCACAUUGGAUGGUAAACUCCAGUUGUUUCUGGCUGAAUGAUUGCCGACUUAUGGAAGAUCAACCAACUUUUUGGAAAGUAAUGAUUUGUUGAAAGAAAAAAGCUGCUCGUUCACCAGAAAUAGGGCAAGAAGCAGAAAGCUCUUUUUUCAAGCUACAGCCUCUUUUUCAGAUUUCCCUCCCUGCAGGUCACAUACUGUAUUUAUAAUGUACUUAUUUUGGACUUUCCUGAUUCUCAAAAGUGAUUCAUCCCCCGCCCCCAACCUGGAAAAAUAGAAUCAGCAGCAUACCCUUCAGCAGUCUGCAGGGCCAUCACUUGGUAAUAAUUGAAGCAGAAAUUUUCCCACAAAAAUAGUCCAGUGUUUAUUAUUAAACUAUGUAAAAGAGAAAGACAGUUCAUUUCUAAGACAGUGACUAUCAUCGAGUGAAUUGUAUUAAAUAGUGCAGGACCUCAGAGAAACUUAGAGCCUCCCAAGGAUGAUUAAUGGGUAUCCUGAAUGGAAUCAUAAAUUGUUGAGGCACCCAAUGACCAAGGUGCUUUUGUUACCAGGUACAUGGUAGCAAAAAGGCAUUUAUUUACAGGCUGUGUCAUACAAACUUCAGGGCAACUUUCAGGUUCCUGGACCAUUCUGAGUUACACAGGCCCAGGAUAAGUGGGAGGGAGUUACCCAGAGGCCUUAAACUGGCCCAGAGAAUUGACUAGUCCCAAAAGCAGAGGUUCUGACAAUAACAUAUUACGUCUAAAACAACCUGAAUUUCUUCUGGAGCUCCUGCUGAGUGGUGAAGAACUGGAGAGACUUAGAUCUCAUUUCUUGGAGGUCCCCUAGAUUAGGUCCCUAUUCAUAGAAGACCCUGAAUAAAACUGGCCAUAGGACAAUGUGUAGCAAACAUUGUGGUCUCACUGCUGAACAUGACAGCAAAAAGCAACAUGCCACCACGAUACUUCCUAGGAGUUAAUGUCCUAUUGACUACUGAUGGAAUAUUCAUCGUAUUUUUCAAACAUUAGUUGUAGAACCACAUUGUCUUUUCUUGCAGUGUUGCUGAAGAGUAUAGGAUGUUUUCAUUACUCAGUCUUUUACUUUCAUGUAUUAUCAUGUCCCUUUUUAAAAGUGAAUAUGCUGAUAGUAGUAAAAUAAAACAAUUUCAGGAAAAACAAGCUGGCAUACUUAUAUUUGAUAAUCACAUUCUUUUAGUAUCUUCCAAUAUCUAGUGUAAGGUAUGGUUUUCAUGAAU